AACGCAAUUGAAUACUGGUCAGGCAAAUUGUUAUCGAAUCGACGGAUUGAAUGUGGGCGCUACGCCUCUCGGCCAUUGCCGGCUUCGGCACCCGAAGGACAGUUCAUUCUACUCAAUAUCUUCGUUGCAUUAAUCAAACUGCCUUCACAACUUCCCCUCUAAUCGCUCCCUUCACUUCCUCAGCUCUGGACAUUUGCCCCCUGCCGCAGGCUGUUAAGAGGAAAGUUGACAUUAUCCUCAACGGUGUGGGAGAUAAGGACACGGUUGAAGAUGUCAAGAGAGUUCUAGAAAUGGCAAACCGUGCAUCAUUAAGGCGGGUAACGCUACACACCGACUUUCUCACACCCCCUGUGUUGAAAGAAUCAAUGCUUGCUCUAGAAAAGAUUGCCGACAUCAAGAUGGUUGCCCAGGGAGGAUAUCCAGAGGCUGAGCGUUGUCGGCUCUCAGUUGGGCAUCCAGAUGUAUUAACAUCUGAUCCUGACAUUGUUGCGGCACUGAGCAUCUCAGGGAAUUUCGGAUUUGAAACCUGUAGCCAUGGUGACUUCCUCGGGGCCAUCCUUGGAACUGGGAUAGUGAGAGAUAAGCUAGGAGACAUUAUAUUGCAGGGAGAAAAUGGGGCCCAGGUUCUUGUUGUUCCGGAACUAGUCGAUAUCCUUGUCUCCUCACUGGACAAGGUGAGAAAUGUUUCCAUCACAUGUAAAAAGAUUCCACUGCUAGCUCUUGAAUACCAGCCGCCGAGGACCAAGUCUUUGAAAACUGUGGAAGCCUCUCAACGACUUGAUGCCAUAGCUAGUGCCGGUUUCAAAAUUUCACGAUCUAAAAUGGCUGAUUUGAUCAGCAACGGAGAUGUGCGCGUCAAUUGGUGUACUGUGACAAAGAGCAACACAACUUUGAAACCAGGAGACCUAAUAUCCGUUAGUGGUAAAGGAAGACUAAAGGUUGGAGAGAUCAACUCUACGAGGAAGGGGAAGUUUGCAGUCGAGCUCAUUCGAUUUUUGUAGAGGUAAUCUUGCCUGGAAUUCAAAAGGACUUUUGAUCUUCCCUUUAGCACCAAGAGAUAUGGAUUUAGAUUUGAUAUGUCUUCAACCAAACUGAUGUGAAUCGGCCACAUUGUCAAUAUACAUUCAUUCUCAGAUACUGGUUAUAUAAAUUACUUAAUUAGUUUUUC